UCAAUUCGACGUCGAUUAUCGUCGACGCAAACAGUUUGACAGUUCUCUUCUGUUGAUCUUGUUCGGACUUGAUUGCAACCGAGUCGAACCAGUUGUUGUUGCUUUUAGGCUUUUGGAGGAUUUUGGACAGUUAAUAGAUUUCGGUCUUCGUGGCGGAGGAGGAGGAGGACGGGAAAUAUGGUUUACUCGGCGGGCCAUUCCGGAAGACGGGACGGGAAGGAACCAGUUUGCGAUCGUGGAAGCGGUUGGUGUUUGGUGUUUUACCGUCCGCGGGAUGUUGCGACGCAUACCUAAUGGAACUGGCAACAAUCUGAUUCUGCCGGAAACCGGAAUGCGUUCCCGUGUGGUCACUCGUGGCUUCCGUAGAAUCCACGGAAGCAGUCCCGUUUUUUUCGUACUCGUACUCCACAAAGCCCACGUUUCCUCGUACUCCGGUAAACAUCAAUCCGUCGGAGAUCCAAGAUCGUCGCCAAGGCGUCGCAUCCGGGUUUUGAUCAGCUCGUCGAGGAACAAAAGUCCAACACGACCAAGAUGCAGCCACGGCCGCCUCAGAAGAACACCAACACCCAAGCCGGAAGCUGCGGUCAAGGCAAAUCCAGAAGGAAGCCAAGUUGGGGAAGAAUCGGCGAUACGCAAGUGAAAUUAAGUGUACAAUAAAUAUUUUUGUGAAAUUUUGACAGCUGGAAUAAAAAAAAAUCAAUAAAAACAA